UGUGUUCAGCACCCUGGAGAGCGGCGGCGGCGGAGUGCGCCCAUAGAACGGAGAGCCCGGCGGACAGACAGCGCUGUGUGCGGCCUCCGGGGGGAACCGAGCAUUCUGCAUGAAGACACCGGGCACGGGGGGGAGGGGCUAAUCUCUCCCCGGGGACACCCCCCCAGACACAGAGAUGACCCCCGCCGCGUCAUGGCACCGACUCUGAUCGGACAGUGUGGCCCCUCCGCACCCCACCACCAGGGGCCCCCAUUGGCCGGACAUCGCACCUAUUCGCAGGAUAAUAAGAAGCGAUCUGUACAGACAAAGGGACGACGCCCCCUACAGAGACAACGCGGCAUCCUCCAGCCAGGGGCCCCCGGAGCCGAGCUAUGAUGAUAUUGCUGUAUGAAGCCAAUUCCUGAUGAGACAGAUGGGGUUUUAUAUCAGCUCCUUGUCCCGAAGCCCCUGUACCAAGACCCAGGUGCGGCACUACCAGGUGGCACCAAGUUACAACUAUAAAUGGACAGAUAUCCAUUAUGAGGCCAGUAGAGGCAAUGUGGAGAAGCUGCGUGCAUUGCUCACCACAUCGGACAAAGAGCUUGUGGAUCGGAAAGAUUACUACGGAAAGACACCUCUGUACUGGGCAGCUUAUAAAGGUCAGAGGGCUUCCAUGGAGCUGCUCUUACAACAUGGCGCCAGUGUGAACAGCUGCUGUAAACAUGGCGGGACCCCCCUACAUGCGGCUAUUGGAUUGUUCCCGGACUGUGCUCUUCUACUAAUACAGCAUGGCGCCGAUGUCAACCUGCAGGAUAACUGGGGGGUGACCCCGAUGUAUCUGGCUGCGUGUAGCGGACAGUUAGAGUGCAUCCGGCUCCUCGUUCAAGCGGGUGCUUACAUCACGUACAAGAAUAAGAAAACUGGACUGCCGCCAAAGCGCCUUGCCUCCCAAGUAGGCUUUAUUGCCUGGAUUGAGUCCUGCUCCCAUCAGCCGCGGUCCCUUAAACACCUGAGCCGCCUGCAGAUUCGCUCCAGCCUGGGGCCCCAGAGGCUCAAAGCCGUGAGGACUUUCAACUUGCCACAAUCACUGAAGUGCUACCUUAUGUUCGAGGACCUUGUACUACAGGAGACACUCUAACAUUGCCGCAAUCCACAUGUGACAGCCGUGCAUUGUAACCCAGUGCCCUCGACUAUCUGUUUGGUGGAUAUGUCUCGCUUCUUCUAACCAUUAAUGGUGACUUUUAUGAACCUGCCAAUCAAUAAUACAUUGACGGGGAACAAUGGCGCACUCAUUCUACACAACACAAACAUUUCUGUAAGCUUCCAACAAUGACAGUGGUGACAACCUGCCUGAACUGGCGAGAUUUUGUUGUAAGAUGUUGUCUUUCUUUUGCCUUUACAGUGGACUGGAACUAAAAUGGUAGAUUGUCGUCUGUAAUUUUUUGGUCAGCCAACUUCUUGGGGUUUCAGUUAAACAAUUUGGCCAUCGCUGUCUUGAGCAGAGGUGCCCAGGCCUUUGAAUGUUGAGGUCUCAAGUGCCAGUAUGUGGUUGAAAUGGAGGAAGAGAAACGUGCAGGCUGAUUAAAGUGUAUCCAAACCAAAACUUAUUUUAUUAGUCGUGGAUAGAAGAAGGUAGGGUUCUUGCCUCAUUUAUAUUUUUACUGUUGACCGUAUGGUGAUUUACCAUCUCUAUUUUCCCACGGUGACCAUUGUUACUGGAAUAGAAAGUGAUGGGAAUACACUGUGCAGUUCGUUUUGCACAGAGUGGCCCCGAUCCUGCUGUUCUGGGGUUCCACGGCGGCUGUCUCGGCUCCGCCCCGCUAGAGCUAACCCCCUCUGGGAAGCUCUUUCCCGAGAGGGUUAGCUUGCGGGCGCACGCCCGUGACAUACAGUUGGCGUCCAUAGAUACCAAGACUCGGUCCUGCCCCCGGCGACCGCGUCAUUGGAUGUGAUUGACAGCAGCGGGAGCCAAUGGCUGCGCUGCUAUCAGUCUAUCCAAUCAAUGGCAAGAUUCAGUGGAGAAGAGGACACCGGGGGACGCGCACAGCAGGUGAACGGGCUCAGGUAAGUAAAAUGAGGGGGCUAGAGGGGGCCCAUGACAGCGAGGUGUUUUUUCACCUUAAUGCAGGGGUGCCCAACCUUUUGAAUAGCGAGGGCCACUUAAGCAACUUGGUAACCA